AUGUGAUUGGGAGGGGCGGACAGAGCAGCAGCAGCAGCAGCAGUCUGGGGUCCAACAUCCUCUCUGCUGAGGCUCACGUCCCCCCAUUUGCCUACUUCAAAAGCCUCCGGACCCCGACUCCCCUCCAUGUGCUUUUCCCACGGCUUGUCCAUUCCACGUGAAGCGGUGACACGAAGUGAAGUUUAAAGGAGACCCUGAAAGCAGCGUGGAGGCUGUGCUCGUGAAUGUUUUUCCUCUUUGGCCCGGUAUCCUCUGUAAACCAGGACCAUUGCUUGGUGUAGCUGUAUCGGAGAGAAGGCUCGGGAGGAGGUGAAACUGCGGGAGAUGAUGACUGAGAAAGAAACAGCGGCAGAGAAGAUCAUAUCAGAUGCGAUGGCCAACCCAUCCCCAGCCAAGAGUAUGGGCGACCCUGGAAUCACCCCGCUGUCUCCCUCACACAUCCAGAAUGACACAGACCAGGUCCCGUCGGGGCCGGCCUUCGUGGUGGUGGUGGCCAUCGACUUUGGCACCACGUCCAGCGGUUAUGCUUACGCCUUCACGAAGGAGCCUGAGUGCAUUCACACCAUGAGGCGCUGGGAAGGCGGAGACCCAGGUGUGUCCAAUCAGAAGACUCCCACCACCAUCCUGCUCACUCCGGACAGGAAGUUCCACAGUUUCGGCUACGCUGCACGCGACUUCUACCACGACCUGGACCCCAGCGAGUCCAAACACUGGCUCUACCUGGAGAAGUUCAAAAUGAAGCUGCACACCACCGCGAACCUGUCCAUCGACACAGACCUCCAUGCAGCCAACGGGAAGCGAGUCAAAGCUCUUGAUAUCUUUGCAUAUGCACUGGCCUUCUUUAAGGAGCAGGCACUUAAGGAGCUGAGUGAUCAGACCGGAGGAGACUUCGACAACAACGAUGUGAGAUGGGUGAUCACUGUUCCUGCCAUCUGGAAGAUGCCUGCCAAGCAGUUCAUGAGGGAAGCUGCGUAUAAGUCCGGCCUGGUGCCCCGUGAAAGUCCAGAGCAGCUGAUCAUCGCCUUAGAACCUGAAGCGGCAUCAAUCUACUGUCGCAAGCUCCGCCUCCACCAGAUGGUGGACCUGGGCACCAGGACCACCCAGAACGGCUUCAGCCCCACGGAGAAUGUGGGGAGCGGAAUGACCCAAGCUAAGGAGCAUGUUCGGCGCAACCGGCAGAGCCGCACAUUUAUGGUGGAAAAUGUCGUAGGGGAGCUUUGGUCGGAGCUGGAAGAAGGUGACCGUUACGUGGUGGUGGACUGUGGGGGAGGAACAGUGGACCUGACAGUCCAUCAGAUCCGUCUCCCAGAGGGACAUCUAAAGGAGCUCUACAAGGCCUCAGGUGGUCCCUACGGCUCCAUUGGGAUUGAUUAUGAGUUUGAGAAGCUGCUGUGUAAGAUCUUUGGCCAGGACUUCAUCGACCAGUUUAAGAUUAAGAGGCCAGCAGCCUGGGUGGACCUGAUGAUCGCGUUCGAAUCCCGGAAGAGGGCAGCCGCCCCUGACAGAACCAACCCGCUCAACAUAAACCUGCCCUUCUCCUUCAUCGACUACUACAAGAAGUUCAGGGGUCACAGUGUGGAGCACGCCCUGCGCAAGAGCAACGUGGACUUUGUGAAGUGGUCGUCUCAGGGAAUGCUGAGGAUGAAUCCAGAUGCGAUGAACUCUCUCUUCAAGCCCACCAUCGACCACAUCAUCCAACAUCUCACUGAGCUGUUCGAGAAGCCCGAGGUGUGCGACAUUAAGUUCCUGUUCUUGGUGGGAGGCUUCGCUGAGUCUCCUCUUCUUCAACAAGCCGUCCAGAACAUGCUGCAGGGCCGCAGCCGCAUCAUCAUCCCCCACGACGUCGGCCUCACCAUCCUGAAGGGCGCCGUGCUGUUCGGCCUUGACCCCAGCGUCAUCAAAGUGCGCCGCUCCCCCCUCACGUACGGCGUGGGCGUCCUCAAUCGCUUCGUGGAGGGCAAGCACCCGCCGGAGAAGCUGCUGGUGAAGGAUGGCACGCGCUGGUGCACUGACGUCUUCGACACCUUCAUCGCCGCCGACCAGUCUGUGGCUCUGGGUGAGAGCGUGAAGAGGAGCUACACGCCGGCCAAACCGUCUCAGCAGGUCAUCGUCAUCCACGUCUACUGCUCCGAGAAGGAGAGGGUGGGCUUCAUCAGCGAGAGCAGCGUCAAGAAGUGUGGGACACUUCGCCUGGAUGUUAGCGGAACGGAAAGUUCGGCACCACGCCGAGAGAUCCAGACGCUCAUGCAGUUUGGAGACACGGAGAUCCGAGCCAUGGCGGUGGACGUGUCCACCGGACGCACCGUCAAAGCUAGCAUUGACUUCCUAAGCCAUUAAGAAGGGAACAAAGGGUUAAUGUUAAAGUGAAGGAAGCAGAAACAUAAACACACACACACACACACACACACACACACACACACACACAGAACAAGCUGGAGGUAUUUACUGGAGGAGGUUAAUGUUACUGAAUCUUGAUGCUCGGUCAGAGCGUGGAUGUAAGACGGUGUGAGUAAAGAUUCAGGAUGAAGGGAAAGUUCAGUGUGUUUAAGGUCAGUCACUUCACUCGGUACCUGAGGAGCUCCAAAGCGUUCACUCACUCAUAUUAAACCCAUCAUCACCCCGCGCUGAGGCUGCAGCUUAGCUGAGUCAGGUUUGAGUCCCUGACAGAGAAGAUAAAGGCUUAUUCACUGUUAGAGCUUGAUCCCGCAGUCCAUUCUGUCCAUCCGUCCAGCAGAGACAAUGUUUUUAUGAUUUAAGAAUCAAAGCUCACAGUAUCAUUGAACUGUGGUUGAAGGUCUUCAUACUGCUCAUGCUCUACACUUCUUUAUCUUUAUCUCACUUCAGUCCUGAAGGUCUGAGCGGUGGUUUUACAGGAUUGAGCUCUUUAAACAGAAGAGGAGAGAAGCUACUCACAUUCCCAAAGCAUGCCACGUGUUUCAGACUGAUGUGGUGCUCUCCAGGAAGCCUUCAGUGAUAUACACUACCAGUCAACAGUUUAGAAUCACCUUCUCAUUCAAGGGUUUGUAUUUAUUGUAAUGAUUGUAAACACUGUAGAUUAAUACUGAAGACAUCAAAACUAUGAAAGAACAUAUAUGGAAUUAUUGAAUGAACAACAAAGUGUUAAACAAAGCAGAAUCUGUUUUAUAUUUUAGAUUCUGUAAAGUAGCCCCCUUUUUCCUUCAUGACAGUUUUGCACACUCUUGGUAUUCUCUCAGUCUGCUUCAUGAAGUGGUCUCCUGGAAUGGUUUCUAAUGAACAUGAGCCUUGUCAAGAGUUCAUUUGUAGAAUGACUUGCCUUCUUAAUGUGUUUGAGACCAUCAGUUGUGUUGUUCAGAGGUAGGGUUAGUACACAAUGGAUAGUCCUAUUUGACGACUGUUGUAAUCCAGAUUAUGGUAAAACCAGAUUAUUUCAUAGUUUUGAUGUCUUCAGUAUUAAUCUACAAUGUUGAAAUUAAUUAACAUAAAUAAAAACCAUUGAAUGAGAAGGUGUGUCCAAACUUUUGACUGAUAGUGUAUGUCCAACAGUAAGUCAGUCACUUCUCAUCAGAGCUGUUAUUGUAGAAGGUUAUCUUUGGUAACGUCUUGUAAAACAAACUGGACAAAAGACAAGAUCGGGGACAGGUGGUUUACCUGAGCUCUGUCACUAAGAACAGCUGCUGCCUGUAACAAGGCCGACUCAUUCUGUGACACUGAACCAAAGAAGAGACGCUCAAACUUGAUCUGAUGUUUAUUGUCAAAGUGCAGCGCUCUUUUGUCCUUUCACUUACAGAUAUCUUUAGCAUGUGACUCGUGUUGAACUGUUCAUUGGUAGUCUAACUGGUGCUGUAUGGCUGCUAAAAACACAUCAGGUAAAUUAAGAGUGGAACAAGAUUUUUUUUAAAGUUGAAUUCCUGCAGAUUUAUCUUCUGCUUGUUCAACAGCUUGUUGUGGUUCAGUUGAACAGGCAACUUUAGGGGCUUGGAGUUAAACGUAUUACUCUUAAUUUGUUGCACUAAAGGACAAGAUUGUGACGGUAGAAUAUGCCCCGUCCAGAAGCAUCUUUCCACUGCUGUGAACUCAACAUAAAAAUCCCUCCGAUCGCCUGCUAACUCAAGGCUAGUGGCUUAAAACCCCCUGAAGAUAAGAGCAUGAUGCUGACACCAACCAAACAGCCCAGGCUUGAUCUCCAACGCCUUCAAAGCAGAGAUGAAUAAGCUUGUAGCAGCAUUAUGCAUCUAACAUAGAGUUCUGCAAUAGUAGUGUAAGUAGUGACUUUCAGCAGAGAGUAAUAAGAACAGUGAUGUUUAACUUUUCUGCUGAUUGGUCAGUACCAGGAGAGCACGACCUCAGAGACAGGGAAUCAGUGUAACACCUGUCGGCAUGCUGUGGAGGACAAACAGCAAAGAUGUCAACUGAAUAUCUCACCUUUUACUUAAAGGCUAAUCCAGUGAAACCACCGUUUGUUCCUCAGAGAUCAGCCACAGUUCCUCUCAGUAAUCCAGUAAUGUGAACACGCUGCAGCUCAGUCUGAAGAGCCAGCUCAGCCGUCGAUGUGCUCCAUGUCGCCUUUCUUUUCUUUGUUUCUGCUUCGGCUUUUCCCACGCUGUGGACAGACGGUCAGUUCCCCGCUCCAACAUCACUAAGAACCCGGAGUGACAAACAGUGGAGUGUUUAUUUCUGUAAAUACAGUAUUUAAAUAUUGUACAGAUUUUUAGCUUUGAUUCAGCAGUGUUAGAGCCGAGAGUGCGUGCUAUGUGUGCGAAUGCCUGUGUGUGCAUGAGUGUGUGUGUGUGUGUGUGUGCGUGCUUUCACAUGGACAUCUCUCAACAUUUGUUCUCUCACCAGCCAUAGCAUGAGAGGCCGAGGCGCGUCUGAUAGCGGUGUUGGCUCAGAGUGAGAGAUCGGAUGUGUCGCCUGUUGCUGUUUUUUGCAAUCACAAAAGAAACUUGAAUACCUCCGUCCUUAAGAAGCGUUUCUGUCCACGUUCACGUCCUUCUUUUUUUUUUUUAAAUGGUAGCUGAAUGUGUCCCGUUUCUUUUCCAUCUUCUUCACAGAACUUGAGCCAUGGAUUUAGCAGAGCGAUGAACUCUGCGUUACAGAACGAGGCAUUUUUAGCAAUAAUUAUCCAAUCAAACAACCCGCAUUCACAGAUCAUGAUGAAGGUGUUUUAAAGAGUGCCUCUUUUGGAUUAAAUGUGAUGUCAGUCACACGCCGUGCAUCCAUUCUCCCUCCUACAUGAUAGCUAGCUUUAUGUAGACGUGUGACUUCAGAAGUAAUCACUGAGCCUCACACUGAUCGUGAACUCAUCCAAGGCCUUUCAUCAAAACAUGGCCAGAAAAGUACAGGAGAGGAUUAGGGUCACUGAAAAAAAUGUGCUAAAUUUAGGUCCAAUAUAUAUUUUGUAUUAUUAUUCUCAGAUUAAAGUCAGAAUUAUGACUUUAAUCUCAGAAUUCUGACUUUAAUCUCAGAAUUCUGACUUUAAUCCGUAAAUUCUGACCUUAAUCUCAGAAGUAUUACUUUAAUCUCAAAUUCUGACUAUAAUCCCUGAAUUCUGACUUCAAUCUCAAAUUAUGACUUUAAUCCCUGAAUUCUGACCUUAAUCUCAGAAUUAUGACUUUAAUCUCAGAAUUAUGACUUUAAUCUCAGAAUUAUGACUUUAAUCCGUGAAUUCUGACCUUAUUCUCAGAAUUACGACUUUAAUCUCAGAAUUAUGACUUUAAUCCCUGAAUUCUGACCUUAAUCUCAGAAUUACGACUUUAAUCUCAGAAUUAUGACUUUAAUCUCAGAAUUAUGACUUUAAUCCGUGAAUUCUGACUUUAAUCUCAGAAUUAUGACUUUUAAUCCCUGAAUUAAUCUCAGAAUUAUGACUUUAAUCCCAGAAUUAUGACCUUAAUUUCAGAAUUCUGACUUUAAUCCGUGAAUUCUGACCUUAAUCUCAGAAGUAUGACUUUAAUCCCUGAAUUAUGACUUUAAUCCCUGAAUUAUGACUUUAAUCUCAGAAUUAUGACUUUAAUCCCAGAAUUCUGACCUUAAUUUCAGAAUUAUGACUUUAAUCCGUGAAUUCUGACCUUAAUCUCAGAAUUACAACUUUAAUCCAUGAAUUCUGACCUUAAUCUCAGAAUUAUGACUUUAAUCUGUGAAUUCUGACCUUCAUCUCAGAAUUAUGACUUUAAUCUCAGAAGUAUGACUUUAAUCUCAGAAGUAUGACUUUAAUCUCAGAAUUAUGACUUUAAUCUCAGAAGUAUGACUUUAAUCUCAGAAGUAUGACUUUAAUCUCAGAAGUAUGACUUUAAUCUCAGAAUUAUGACUUUAAUCUCAGAAGUAUGACUGUAAUCUCAGAAGUAUGACUUUAAUCUCAGAAGUAUGACUUUAAUCCGUGAAUUCUGACCUUAAUCUCAGAAGUAUGACUGUAAUCUCAGAAGUAUGACUGUAAUCUCAGAAGUAUGACUGUAAUCUCAGAAGUAUGACUUUAAUCUCAGAAGUAUGACUUUAAUCUGUGAAUUCUGACCUUAAUCUCAGAAUUAUGACUUUUUUCUCAGAAUAACAGUGAAAUAAAUAAAUAUAUUGGACCGUAAUUAUUAUUAUUUUUCUUCAGUGGCUCUUAUCCUCUUUUGGAGAAAAGAGCUUCACGGGCUGAUUUAAAGGGGCAUUAUUAUGAGACAACUUAUCCUCUGGCUUCCUUUGAUCUGAGUCUUCUGGGGUCCUUUAAAUGUCAGCACUGCUCUCGCUAAGAUUUGAGAGUGUGCUGUAAACUAACAAAGAGUCACUGCUGCCUGAAACUCCUUACAGGAACUCGUCUUUUAGUUCUGUGGUAUACAUUUGGGUGGAUGAUGUGCUUUCAUCGUGAGCAGGGAGAAGAUCCCUUUGGACUGAGAGACAUUAUCACUGGCUUCAAAGGAGAGAGAGUGACCCUGCAGACUCAGAUUCUUUAUGGUGUGGUUAAGAAGUUUCAUUCAAACUCAUUUCUGUGCACAGAGGGGAUUAUUGUUCCCAUUAUUUGUUGAUAACUAUUGAUUUAGCAAGUGUUUUCAGACUAAACAAUGACAACUUAGUUUGAAGCGUUCAGAGGCCCUUCAGGUUCUCAAAGAUUAAACAUCUCCAUCAAUCAUCCCGACUCCAUUCAAAUGAGAACUCUUUCUCCAGAGCUAUCGCCGUCAUAAACGCUGGUGUGAUUGGGCCCUUAAAUCCGCUUCAGCCCUUUAGCUUGCACAGUUUGUCUUGGCUUACACCCGACCCUAUCCGAACUUUACAGAGGAGGCGUUUGUUGUUUACAAGACUAGACUCGACUCUCCAAGCUAGCUGAUCAGCAUGAAGCUAGAGACGGGACUCCACGCCGUGAACACUCAUCACCCUGAUGAACUAAAGGAGAAGUGGAGGGAGGCGGUGUUUGGACUGUAUCUGACCUCUCCACGGUUCUACGAGUCGUCGUGUGUCCUAGCGUUUGCAGAUAUCAGAAUAAGCAGGUGUUAGCCCGUUUUUAAAGCCGUUUUAUUUCGACUGUGAAUUACAGCUUGUCUCGCUUUCAGUGUCAGUGUACAGAGUCGCACAAGCUGCUGUCUGCGGCACUAUCUCUGCAAUGCAUGUUUCGCAUGUGUCACAUAGGAAUGACUUAACAGCAGGCAACAAACAACAAGGUGAUCGCUUUUACUAACACACGUAUCACGGUGUGUCACUGAUGAUGACGAUGGCGUGCUGUGUUCUCCUCGGCCUGUCGCAGUGGUGGAGACCGGCGGGGCUCUGUGUAAUACUCGCCGCUCCCUGACCUGAUGGAGUUGAUGUAAACGCGGCUCACAGCAGGGCGGCUCUUCACAUAUUAAAUGAUAACUAACCUCGUAACCUUUUACUACUCCACACUUCUCUGUACUCACAACAGCCGGAUGAAGAGGAAGGCUUUAAUAACAGCACAUUGUUUCCUUGGUUACAUGGUUCUCAUGUAUCUUGUGCUACCUUGAGUAUUAUGUGAUGCACAGGAUACUGUUAUGUAGCAGCUUUAUUCAAAGCUCUGAUAAAUAUAUGAAGACAUGUUUAGCUACAGUUAGCCUUUGAUUCUUGGUGCGUGAGACACUCUUCUGCUGAGGCUGAGACGUCACAUUUUAUGACCUUUUAGUCCGGAGUCCACGGCUUCAGUGGGUUUGUUUUCAGGUAGCAGUCUAGCCAGCUUGCAUCUUGUUCACGUAUCUGCUUAACAAUAUCUAAAGUGUACAAUCAUUCAGAAGAUUUUACAGCUAAAAUGAUUGAGCUUGUAGUUAGGAUAACCUCUCUGAAACGCAACACAACGUACACUUUGUUCUCUUAGUUCCUUAUUGAUGAUGCAAAGUAGUUUUCUUUGUUUUUUUUUAUUAUCUUGAGUUACUUCAGUGUCUUGUUCUCUUGCGAUUUUCACACAGUUAUGAGUGUAUUUUGAUCAAUGCCAGAUAUUCACUGUCAGACUGUCACCAAUAAAAUGUACGUGUAUUUCAAAGAA